AUGGAUUCAGAAAACGUUGAUAAAAAUGAAAAAAAUUUAAUCAAUUUAGGAACCAUUUUAAAGCCAGUUAAUAUUAACGAAAAAAAGAAAAAAAAAAAGAAAAAUGGAAUAAAAUUAGAAUUAGAAAAUGAUGAUAAAGAGAAAAUGGGAGAAAAUAUAGAUGAAAUAAAAACAGAAACAAUUGAAAAAAGUAAUGAUGAUGAAAACUUAGAAGAAAAUAUUUCAAAAAAAGAUAAUACAGAAAAUGUAGAGUUUCAUAAAUUAUAUGAAAGUGAUGAUAAUAUAUCAAGAAAAAGUAGUCUAAAUAUAUCUAAUAAAAACGAUUCACAUAAAAAGAAAAAAGUAAAAGCAAAAUUAAAUACAUUAAUGUUACAAUCUUAUUUUCAUAAAAGUUAUGAUAAGGUAUCAAAUGUUCUAAAAAAAACAUCAAAGUCAUUUUUAAAAAAGAAUAGUAUUUCCAAUGAGAAAAAAAUAAACAAUGUUGAUAAUCUUAAAGAUACUUGUAAUGAUGAAUUAACUACACCUACAGUAAAUAUGGAUAAACAAACUUAUGAUGAAUAUAACUUUUUCGAAAAAAAUUCAGUUAUUAUAAAUAAAUAUCUUGAUGAUAAUAUAAACUUGGAAAAACAGAAUGAAAAAUUGUUAAAGAAAUACAAAAAACUUUUAGAAAAUAAUGAUUCAACGAAAUUUCUUGAAGAAUUAAAAGAAUUGUUAGAUGAAAAAAUAUUAUUAAUAAAAACACUUAUUUACUACAAAAAUAUAUGUAUCAAUUAUAAAAAAGAUUUAAAUAAAUAUAAAAACUCAUUUGAAAUUUUUAAUUCAGAAAAAGAACAAUUAAGUCAAAAUAUUAUUACCUUAAAAAAACAUAUCGAUUUCUUAAAUAAUAACAUACAUAGUGAUUUAAAAAAAGAAAAUGAAAUUACUGAUUUAAUGUGA